GCCAUGGACGCGUCCCUGGAGAAGAAUCCUUGCCCGGAGUCCAGCGCCUCCUUCCUGUCCAGGAUCACCUUCUGGUGGAUCACAGGGUUGAUUGUCCGGGGCUACCGCCAGCCCCUGGAGGGCAGCGACCUCUGGUCCUUAAACAAGGAGGACACAUCGGAACAAGUCGUGCCUGUUUUGGUAAAGAACUGGAAGAAGGAAUGUGCCAAGACUAGGAAGCAGCCAGUGAAGGUCGUGUACUCCUCCAAGGAUCCUGCCCAGCCGAAAGAGAGUUCCAAGGUGGAUGCGAAUGAGGAGGUGGAGGCUUUGAUUGUCAAGUCCCCACAGGAGUGGAACCCCUCCCUGUUUAAGGUGUUAUACAAGACCUUUGGGCCCUACUUCCUCAUGAGCUUCUUCUUUAAGGCCAUCCACCACCUGAUGAUGUUUUCCGGACAGCAGAUCUUAAAGUUGCUCAUCAAGUUUGUGAAUGACACGAAGGCCCCAGACUGGCAGGGCUACUUCCACACCGUGCUGCUGUUCAUCACUGCCUGCCUGCAGACCCUCGUGCUGCACCAGUACUUCCACAUCUGCUUCGUCAGUGGCAUGAGGAUCAAGACCGCUGUCAUUGGGGCUGUCUAUCGGAAGGCCCUGGUGAUCACCAAUUCAGCCAGAAAAUCCUCCACGGUCGGGGAGAUCGUCAACCUCAUGUCUGUGGACGCUCAGAGGUUCAUGGACUUGGCCACGUACAUUAACAUGAUCUGGUCAGCCCCCCUGCAAGUCAUCCUUGCUCUCUACCUCCUGUGGCUGAACCUGGGCCCUUCUGUCUUCGCUGGAGUGGCGGUGAUGGUCAUCAUGGUGCCCGUCAAUGCUGUGAUGGCAAUGAAGACCAAGAUGUAUCAGGUGGCCCACAUGAAGAGCAAAGACAAUCGGAUCAAGCUGAUGAACGAAAUUCUCAAUGGGAUCAAAGUGCUAAAGCUUUAUGCCUGGGAGCUGGCAUUCAAGGACAAGGUGCUGGCCAUCAGGCAGGAGGAGCUGAAGGUGCUGAAGAAGUCUGCCUACCUGUCGGCCGUGGGCACCUUCACCUGGGUCUGCACGCCCUUCCUGGUGGCCCUGUGCACAUUUGCCAUCUAUGUGACCAUUGACAAGAACAACAUCCUGGAUGCCCAGACAGCCUUUGUGUCUUUGGCCUUGUUCAACAUCCUCCGGUUUCCCCUGAACAUUCUCCCCAUGGUCAUCAGCAGCAUCGUGCAGGCGAGUGUCUCCCUCAAACGCCUGAGGAUCUUCUCCCAUGAGGAGCUGGAACCUGACAGCAUCGAGCGACGGCCUGUCAAAGACAGCGGGGGCACGAACAGCAUCACCGUGAGGAAUGCCACAUUCACCUGGGCCAGGGGCGACCCUCCCACGCUGAAUGGGAAAAUGGUCUCAGACAUCACACAAGCCUUCCAGAAAGAACCCAUCUGCCUCUUCUGUCUGAACUAAUGUGUAGACCCCAUUGCCACAGGCAGCAGCCCCAGCUUCUGUAGGCCC